AUGUUUGACUCAACGCCGGACACGUCUCACAAGGAGCAAAUUAGCCAAAUAAUUCGAUCGGUUUCCUUUAAUGAAGAUGGGUGCAAAAUCGAGGAAGAUUUUAUUGACUUCAUCAACUUUGACGGAAAAACUGGAAUUCUACUUGCUGAGAUGAUUCUAAAUAAGCUUAAAUCUGAUAAUCUUGAAAUUCAAAAUUGCCGUGGACAGGGCUACGACAAUGGAGCCAAUAUGAGUGGAAAAUAUCGGGGCGUCCAGGCCAGAAUUCACGAAAUUAACCCACUUGCAAGUUUUAUCCCUUGUGCUGCACAUUCCCUUAACCUUGUUGGACAGCACGCUGCUAGUAGUUUUCUUGCCGGGAAACUGAUUCUGGGGCAGAUUCAAAAUCUAUUCACAUUUUUCUCAGCUUCCACAUCCCGAUGGGCAACAUUAAAAAAGCAUGUCAAAAAAUCGCUGAAGGGUCAGUCAACAACCCGUUGGGCGGCCAGAGCUAUCGCAGUGUCCACACUUUUAGAUGAGUUCAAAGGAGUUAUAAUUGCUCUGGAGGAAUUAAUCAACUCAGACGAGUCAAAUAUUCAAACGGUAGCUGACGCUAGUUCCAAUUUGACUCAAAUUUGUACGUUCAAAUUUAUAUUGGGACUGAAUAUCUGGGCAUCGAUUCUUUCGCGAAUUAAUGAGGCUAACAUUGCAAUACAAUCAGAAACUACUUCAUUGGAUCAGGCCACAAAACACAUCGCAGGCGUUGUUGCUUAUCUAGAAGAAUUCAAACUAACGGGAUUUGAAUCAUCCGUUUCGAAGUCAGAAAUAAUAGCUGAAGAAAAUGGAAUAAAUCAAGAUUCUGGAUUUGAUUACAGAAAAAAUCGUGGCAAUAAACCAGCUAGGUUCCGAAUCGAGGAGAGUGAGUCACUUCAACAACCAAGUAACCUUGAGAAAUUUAAGAUUGAUUUUUUUAACAAUAUACUCGACAAGAUCUCUGAGGAAUUUCAGACUAGAUUUAAAACUAUGGCAGAAACUUUACACGAUUUUAAUUUUUUAUGGGGAGAUCGAUUAGCUAACGACGGAACGGAACAAAAAUUAAAAUGUACAAAGGAUCUUGCAAUGAAAUAUGAAAUAGACUUGGAUAUUACGGGUUUCGAAAAUGAAAUUAAACAUCUAAAGUCAGCUAUUGAACCAUUCUUGGAUCCCAAAGACAAGAAAUUAGGUUCUACAACUCCGCUAGAGAUUUUAAAUAUUCUAACGCCGUACCGCGACAAAGCUCUCCAGGCCGGACGAAACGUCGCUACGGGCCUGCCAUCAUAG